AUGUGAUUCAGUUUAAACAGAUUAAGAUUUCUUCAAGAACCAUACUGGCUGUUGGAGGUAUGGAAGUUUGCCGGUGCAAAUGAUUACUCUGAAUCUAUAAGUUUAGAUGAUUUUACAGCGUACUCUUUGUACCCUCGACUGAUGCCACCACCCACAUUUCCUCCAAUGUUUUCGUUUCUAAUCAUGUCUUUACUCUAACACCCGCAAAAAUUCUGUGUCUACCCACUUUCAAAUUCAAAUUGUAGUUUUCAUGGAUCAUUGCAUACUAAUUGUUGUUUACGGUGCAGAUUAUCAUGGAUCCAACAUAUCAAAGAGAAACGGCUUACAAAUGCCAUCAUGUUCAUGUUCAGCCAGUGACUCAAUCAUUUCCUUCCCCUGCAUUGUCCUUCAUAGAAGACUCGACUGAAGAAAGACAUCUUUCACGUGUUAAGGGUGCUGAGUGUGAUAGUACACAUUCAAAUUCCCGGAAAAAUUUACACAUAUCAGCAUGUCUGAUGGAGGAAUUCCUUGAACUUGCCAAGGAAAACACGGAUAAGGAUCUGGAAACCUGUGGCAUCCUUGGUGCUUUCCUUUGUCUGGCUAAGAACGAGGAGGAAGUUUUUGCAAUACAACAUGAACACUCGCUAAUUCCGGUUGGAUGGAUCCAUACACAUCCUUCUCAGAGCUGUUUCAUGUCAUCGAUUGACUUGCACACACAGUAUUCAUAUCAGGUCAUGGUACCUGAAGCAUUUGCAAUUGUUGUGGCUCCAACUGAUGCAUCGAGGAGCUACGGCAUGUUCCGGAUAUCCGAACCUGGUGGGAUGAACGUCCUGAGAGAGUGCCGAGAAACGGGAUUUCACACUCACAGGGAAACUGCCGACGGAGCUCCUAUUUACGAGCACUGCGCUAAUGUCUACACAAACUCGAAUCUGAGAUUCGAAGUUUUCGACUUGCGAUAACGAAAGUAUCGCUGACGAGGUCAACAGAACCAGCAAGCUAGCGGGUGCGGUCAAGCAGGAAAGUAAUAGAAAUCGUUCCUAGAAUACAUGGCGACGGAUCUUGGCCAGCAUGUAAGUACCUUCUUGUGCUUCGCUCUUUGGGCGAGCAGUGGAAACAACGAAUUAUCCUCGCGGACAAUUAAGUUCAGCUGUACUUAGUUGACGCUUAUUACUCUGUAAUUCUAACUCUAUUCAGGAAUAAACAUGAGUUGAUUGUCUUA